UCUGGUGGGACAGUUUUAGCUCAUCAUUGCAUUUAAAAAAAAAAAGCCGACACUCCGUAAAGGCAGCAGCAGAGGGGCAAAAACAAAACGGCGCGUCCCUCUCCUCCGGUGGGUGGGCGGGGUCUGCUUCUCCCUCCGUGUCGCCGCUCCGGCAGGUCACUCGGAUCUGGACACUCGGAGACUCGGACACGCUGGAGAUAAUGUCCCAUUUAUGUUUUUUAAGCGUUUUCCCGGAGAAAAAAGCGCAAAAUGCUGCUGCUGCCUUUACUGAUGAGCCUCAGCGCGAGCGCACUGGGACAGCUGGGGGACUCCCAGUUCGGAGAUGACUUUGACCCGGAGCUCGCAGACUUUGAUUUAGACAUUGCGCCGCGCAGAGUCCCGCGGCAGGUGAAAACUUUACUCACGAAGGAGACCAAACCUCACAUCCAGGAGCUCUCCAUCAAGACCACCAUCAUCUCCCGUUACGCCUUCACGGCGGUGUACUGCGCCAUGCUCAACCGCCACUCCACCGCCGCAGAGGGCGUCUUCCAGUUCCAGGUCCCCGCCGGUGCCUACGUCUCCAACUUCACCAUGAUCAUCGGAGGGCGUGUCUACCAGAGCGAGGUCAGGCCGAAGGAGGAGAAGAGGGUCAAGCAGGAGAACGGCAGAGCCAAGAACAAAGAGUCAGGUGAUGCAAGUCCGGAGCCGGAGGUCGAGGUGUUCAGGAUGGCGGCCAGCAUCCCGGGUCGGAACCGCGCCAUCUUCCUGCUGACCUACGAGGAGCUCCUGCAGCGGCGGCUGGGACGCUACGAACACGUGACCAGCCUGCGGCCGCUGCAGCUGGUGACCCGCCUCAGCCUGGACGUCACCAUCGUCGACCACUCGCCCGUCACGGACCUGCAGGUGAUGCCGCUCCGCAACGGCAGGACGGCCGGCGCCUCCAGCUCUGCAGCAGCCAACCCCGAGCCCCCCGUCACCACCGUGAUCAAAACCGAGAAGAACGUCUGCAAGAUCACCUUCAGCCCCAACAUCGUCCAGCAGGCCAAGAUCGCCACCAACGGCAUCCGGGACUUCGUGAUCCGCUACGAUGUGCAGAGAGACAUGGGGAUCGGAGACAUUCAGGUUUUAAACGGACACUUUGUCCACUACUUCGCCCCCAAAGACCUGCCAGUUGUUCCCAAGAACGUGGUGUUUGUGAUCGACACCAGCGCCUCCAUGCUGGGGACGAAGAUCAGACAGACUAAAGACGCUCUGUUCACCAUCCUGAAGGACCUGCGACCCAGCGAUCGCUUUAACUUCGUCAGCUUCUCCAACAGAAUCGAAGUUUGGCAGCCGAACCGUCUCGUACCGGUGACGCCGCUCAACAUCAGAGACGCCAAGAAGUUCAUUUACAUGCUGGUUCCCACCGGAGGUACAAAUAUCGACGGCGCCAUCCAGACGGGCUCCACUCUGCUCCGGGAAUACCUCUCGGGCCCCGACGCCAGCCCGAACAGCGUCUCCCUCAUCAUUUUCCUGACCGACGGACGGCCCACGGUCGGGGAGAUCCAGUCCACUGCCAUCCUGGGGAACGCUCGCUCCUCCGUGCAGGAGAAGUUCUGCAUCUUCACCAUCGGGAUCGGGAACGACGUGGAUUACCGGCUGCUGGAGCGCAUGGCUCUGGAGAACUGCGGGAUGAUGAGACGCAUCCACGAGGAGGCCGACGCCAGCGCCAUGCUCAAAGGCUUCUACGAUGAGAUAGGAACUCCUCUGCUGUCCGACAUCAGAAUCAACUACACCGAGGACUCAGUCCAGUACGUCACUCAGCAUCUGUUCACCAACUACUUCAACGGCUCCGAGAUCGUCAUCGCCGGCAAGCUGACCAACCGCAGCGCAGAAUCCCUCCACGUCCAGGUGACCGCCAGCAACAACGACAGGAGCAUCGUCCUGGAGACCGACGUCCCGCUGCGACGCCGACAGAUCGAGACCGAGAAACACGUGAAAGCAGCCACGGCGGCGAUGGCGGCCGGAGCCAAACCUCCGGGGUCAGGGGUCGCUCAGGGGUUAGGAGUCGCUUUGGGGUCAAUAGCGGAGGACUUUGUGGAGCGCGUGUGGGGCUUCCUGAGCGUCAAAGACGGACUGCGAUCGCGGCUGCGCAGCCAAACCAGCAAAGAGAGAGAAGGUCACAUCGAGCAGGCGACCAACCUGUCGCUGACCUACCACUUCCUCACGCCGCUCACCAACCUGGUGGUGGAGAAACCUGAAGUCCUGGCCGACGGCACCAUGGCCCCGGCGCCCACCAGCCCGCCUUCAGCCGUCGACGCCGACUCAACUGGCAACGAACUGCCGGGAGACGCAGAGGACGGAAAGAAACCCAACAGGACGCCGGGCAGCCAGACUUCGUCUCUGAGCAACAACAUCGGUAAAGCUGAGAGACGACCCGCCAAGAAGUCCAUCACCGUCUCCAAAACAUCAGCGGACGGUGACCCCCACUUUGUGGUGGAGUUCCCGCUCAGUAAACUGACCGUGUGCUUCAACAUCAACGGCGAGCCCGGACACGUCCUGCGCCUCGUAUCCGACCACAAAAACUCCGGUGUGACCGUAAACGGGAAGCUGAUCGGCGCCCCGGCUCCACCUGGCAGCCAUAAGCAGCAGCGGACUUAUUUCAGCACCGUCACCAUCGUGGUGGAUCGUCCGCAACGCGCCUACAUCGAGGUGACGCCUAAGAAGGUGAUCCUGGACGGGCGAGACAGGAUGGUGCUGCCCUGUCACUCCACGGUGGCGGUGGACAGCGGCGCUCUGUCCGUGUCCAUCGUGGGGAGGUCGAACGUGACGGUGACGGUCGGCGGGAACAUCGUGUUCGUGAUCCUGCUGCAUCAGUACAAGAACCCGGCGCCAUACCAGAGGGACCACCUGGGCUUCUACAUCGCCGACAGCAAGGGGCUGUCGAGCAGCUGCCACGGCCUGCUGGGUCAGUUCCUGUAUGAGCACGUGGGACUGGCAGAGCUUCCUGCAGACGCAGACUCGAAGCCGCCGACCGUCCUGAAGGUGAAGGAGCGCUCGGUGCCCGUGGUUCAGAAGAGCAGGAGGAUCUACGGCGGGACGCAGAGCGUGGACUGCUGGUUCGCCCGCAACAACGCAGCCAAGCUGAUAGACGGACGGUACGAGGACUAUCUGAUGUCGCACAUGUUCGACACGGGGGAAUGGCCACACGGGACCAACACGGUGUGACGCCACGAACUGUCGCUGCGGCAUCUGUGUGACUCUAACCUUAACUCCUGUUACUCUGUAUCCACGUCACAUCGCACACUGAAAAAUAUGACAAGCUGAUCUCACUUAUGAAAAUAUCGCAGAAACAGGCCGACCAGAAAGACCAAAGUAAAUAUGACUACAAAUUAGAAUUUAUGUUUUCUUUAUAUCAACGUGUUCAGACCACAAAGACACAAAAAACGACCCCAAAGAGACGCAAAACAACCCAAAGACACACAAAACAAUCACAA